AUGCGAGCGGUACUGCCAGGGAGACCCCCAGCGAAGCUCCAGUCGUUCAGCACCACGCUGUGGGAUGGGCUUCGCGUCAUAGCAUACAUCUCCGGCCACGCGCUUGUCAUCCUCGGCGGUCCGCAAACCCUCCUUCAAACCAUCUAUGUCGACGACACCGAUAAGCUCGAGGCGGUAGCCUUCGAUGAGGCAUCUGGGAGGAUCGCUGUGUCUGGCGGACCGGAUGUUUUUAUCUACGAGCCGUGGGGUGUCCGGGUGGAGACAUUGAAGUGGUCUCUUGUGCACACAUUUCGCGCCGACGAUGACGACAACGGGCCGAUUCGAACACUGUCUUGGGGAGCUGGCGACGAACUACUGGUGGGCAACUCACACCUAGCUCUUUGGGCACUUGAGAGCGAGCCUAAGAUCGUUUGGCAAAGAAAACUCGGCACUCCAGUAAUCUUUGCUGAAUUCUCUCCCGAUGCUGCCCUGGUGGUAACAGUAGGACAAUAUGAUCGCUUGGCCAAGAUUUGGAGACGGCUUGCAUUUGGCACGAACGAAGUGCGAUUCGAAGUCUCUUAUCUGCCUCACCCGAAUAUAGUGACUGGCAUACAUUGGCGGCUACCUCAUCACCGGGAACAGUCUAUGGAUAACGUUCUUUACACUUUAUGUGCCGACAACAAAAUUCGAGUGUGGGCAGCAACAGACCACCAUGCCCUAUCGCCACUGCAAUUAUGGGUUGAUAUUGACAUGGAGGCAUCGUUGCAGCCAAGGGAUGCUUCAGGUCUCAAUAGAGGCUCACAACGACGCUAUGGAUUUAUUCUGGAUAGUCGCGAUUUCUGCGCCGCGACAGAGCGCGCUGUGGAGCGUAACUCGGGGAAUAAAGAAAACCAUGCCUUGGAACAUCUCAUUGAAGUUGCCAACAAAAGCCCCGAAAUCUGCAUGGUCACCGAUAGUCAAGGUCACAUUUCCGCCUGGGCCCUCGAAGACAUUGGAUCCAAGACCAAGACCAGCUUGAGCUUGUUCAAUAUUCUUCACGUGGAAGGGCUAGACUUUGGUUUCAUGCCCGGUUUAGAGCCCGAAGAGGACUAUGCGCGGAUAAGCACUUUCCAAAGCAGUACAUCAGACGACAAAAUUAGCGUUGUCGUGCAUCAUUUUGACGGUCGUAUCGAAUGCCUCAUGGUCAGGACACACUGCCCUGUGAAAAAAAUUGUCAGAAAUGCCACUGGCCACACCCUUGUCUCACGAACGAAUGAGAAUACAGCCAUGAUAUGGAAACAAAAGAGGCGAGAGAGCGGAUCGAUGCUCAUACACAAAAGCACGUUAAGAUCAGAGGAACACAUUCAUCGAACGUGUGUCAUUGAAAACUGCACUUUCCUUGUCAAUCUCCAUCAUGACGGGGUAUCACUGUGGGAUUACAGCUCCUACCAUGCCAGAAAACUUGCAUCCUUGCCUUUCAGUCUAUCAAGCAAGCCGCUGUGCGUGCUGCCUCUCCCAACUCCUGAUGGAAGUCCUGGGUUGGCAUAUGUGGCCACCAUUGCGGCCGACAUGCAUGGCAUCGCGUGGGAACUCGAAUGGCAAACCCACGGGGGUGACUGUCAAAUCCGCAAGUUCUGCGAGUUUGACAUGGGGUUGAGAGAGGACUUGGCGUAUAUCCUGCCUGUGGAUCCGGCGGGUCCAAAGGCAAAGCACUCUGGAUCAUUCGAUGCCUUCUCACCCGACAUCGCGCUCUCCUACACGUUGAGUGGCAUCGUGAGAACCUGGACCGCCAAGGUUGAUCGCAAAAGCAACAGCGUUGAAUGGCUGCUGAAAUCAACAGUCGACACUGGAAUUGAAAAUCCCUCUUUAGCGAGCGGUAGUACAAUUCGCAAAGCCGCUCUGAUUGACGCAAGUCGGACUCACCUAACUAUUUGGGAUAUUAACAAUGCCCAGUUGGAGUUUGAAGAACAGUUUGCACCGCAUGACAUCAUUCGAGAUCUCGACUGGACCUCUACUCCAGAUAUGCAGUCUAUCCUUGCGGUAGGAUUUCCUCAUAAAGUGAUUCUUUUGUCGCAGCUUCGUUACGACUAUUUGGACGCCCAGCCUUCCUGGACGCAAAUACGAGAAAUCUGGAUCCGAGAUCUCACUCCUCACCCUAUCGGUGACUCUUGCUGGCUUACCCAUGGUAACCUAGUAAUUGGCGCGGGUAAUCAACUAUUCGUUUAUGACAAGGAUAUCGACGUCUCAGACCACCUUGUGUCAGAACUUCGCAUUCCAUCCCGUGGGCAAUCAUUUGUGGAUUUAUUCGACGUCGUGAGUCGCUUGAACGGACCGCUGCCCGCUUUCCAUCCCCAAUUCUUAGCCCAAUGCAUUCUUGCUGGGAAGUCCAACCUGGUUCACUCGAUCUUGUUGAAUCUUCAUCACAAGUUGAAGUUCUAUACUGAAGGAGAUGAAUUGGACGGACUCUUGGAAAUGCCUCUCGAACACUUUUACGAAGACAAAGACGUAAAGAUGCUGUCAUCCCACGUUGACGGUGUAGACGACGAAUCUUUCGUGGUCGAUGAAAAUAUUGCAGCAAAUCUCAACGAGAAUCUGGCGCGUAUCGCACUACCUCAAUUAUCCAGUCAUGAACAGUUUCACCUGGUUGAUACCAUUGAGUGUGUUGCGACUGUUGAGAAACAUCGGCGUUCCAUGGACGAUAAUGCUGCUCGAUAUUUUCUGUUCUUCCGACAGCACAUGCUUCGUAGAAGUCAAGGCAUGGCCAACAAAGAAACUGUGUCGUGGCGAGAAAUUGUUUGGGCUUACCACAGCGGCAGCCAAGACAUUCUCACGGAUCUUGUUUCCAGGCAAUUCAGUGGGAAGAUGACAUGGAAGGCUGCUCGAGAAAGUGGCUUAUUCAUGUGGUUGGCAGAUACGGUGGCGCUGAAGAACAUCCUCCAAGGACUUUGGCGUAUUGCCCACUGGAAUCGCGAGCAAAAGCCCACUCAAAAGUUGCUUGCAAAUGAUUUCAAGGAGGCACGGUGGCGCACUGCGGCACUCAAGAAUGCCUAUGCUCUUCUUGGGAAGCGACGGUUCGUGGGUGAUAUCCAGCUUGCCAUCGCCAUCACCCGAGUGUAUGAAGGGGACAACGGGCCUGUUCUUCGGGGGCUGCUUGAAGAGAGGAUCUUGCCUCAAGCUGCCACUGACGGGAAUCGAUGGAUGGCAUCCUGGGCAUUUUGGAUGCUUGGACGACGUGAUAUGGCAGUGCGGGCACUUAUUGUACGUUCACUCCUUCUAGGAUUACCCAAAUCUGUACUAACUAACUCCAAGUCACCUAUCGAAUCUCUCCUUCUACAAAACCCCACCUCUCCAGGUACUCCAGGACGAGUCACCCUACAAUCCAAGUCCUAUCUAUCCAAUGAUCCGGCACUCGUAGCUCUCUAUCGCCAAUUGCGCGAAAAGACCCUACAGACUCUUAAAGGUGCUUCCCAAAUCCGACCGGGCGAGGAGUGGGAAUUUGUUCUCCGCAACGCACGAUUAUAUGACCGUAUGGGCUGUGACCUCCUUGCUUUAGAUCUGGUGCGACGAUGGGAGUUCCUAGCUAGUCCUUUCACACAAGCCCUGCAAACACACCCUGCAGGUCAGCUGCAUGAGAAUGGUGUGGAUUACCGGAAGUUGCUUCGUCGGCGCAGCAGUCUUGUCGUCGCUGACAUGCCAAUCCGCCUUGCCAGCUCCGAGUCUGAAAACGAGAAGACCGGAACAGCAUAUGGUGCUGAUGGCAGCUAUGAGCCUAAGCAGCAAGCCGAGAAAUCGAAACCGCCCCCAACGAUGUUCCAUGAGCCGGAUGCUAAUUCGCUGCUGGAUAGUUUCGGAUUCUAA